AUGACUCUUACGAUGUUUCUCACUUCGCUCACUUUAGCAACAACGACAAAUUUAAUCUUGAUUAUUCAAUUAUUAAUAAUAACAUAUGUAGCGAGAUAUUAUUACAAAUAUUUUACCCGUCAAUCACCUCUUCCUGGUCCAUUCCCGCUCCCGUUGGUUGGCAAUUUAUUUCAAGUUGGAUUAAAUCCAGCAAAAUACGCAAUGGAUCAUCACCAUGAAUUCGAUAAAAUGUUUGAAAUUUGGGUCGGAAGCAAACGAUUUAUAUUUCUCUCUCAUCACUCGUUAACUGAAAACAUCUAUAUUCCAAACGUAAAUAAUAAAUUCUUUGCAAGAAUUCAAAUUCCAUUUUUGGAAAAUAUCGGUUUACAACAUGGUUUAAUUUUUAAUAAUAAUUAUCAAAUCUGGAAACGAAAUAGGAAAUUCGUUGUACAAUCACUAAUGUCACCUAGAUUCCUUAGACGAUUCACUUUGCUUGCACAAUCAUUAUUUAAUGAAAAUGAAAGUUUCUGGGAUAAGAAGGAAUAUCAUAUUGAUUUCGCUAAAUGGACCAAAAAUUUUACAACCGACAUCACCUUAAGAACCACUACACGUAGACCUUCAUAUUGCCUUAAUACAUUCGUAUUCGGUGAUCCAACCAAUUCCGAAGAAAUUAAAAAAUCUAUUAAAUUCAUUCAUGCGACUCAAACAUUUUUUGAGAACAUCAUGUUUGAAAUAUUCGUUCCUAACGUGCUUAAACAUUAUUUUCCUGGAUUCUAUCAUAUGAAUAAGAUGUACAUAAAGAAUAUGAAUUGGUUAAAUGAGACCAUUUCUGAUAUUAUCAAGAAAAGAAGAACGGAAAUCGAGAAUUAUGAUGAGGUAGGUUCGGAUUUGAUAGAUAUUCUAUUGACGCUAAACACUUCACGCGAUUCGAACGGAUAUAAUGAAGAUGAAACACCAAUGAGUGAUCAAGAAGUUCGUGCUACCAUCAUUGAAGUUAGCGCGGCCGGUAUUGAUACAACCGCAAAUACAUGCUGUUUCGUAGUAUGGCAAUUAAGUCAUCAUCCUAGAGUUGUCGCACGUUUUCGAGAUGAAAUGAGAGAAAUCCUAGGGGAUGACACAACACGACAGAUAACCUAUGAAGAUUUAGAAAAAUUCACAUAUCUUGACGCUAUCAUUAAAGAAUCUCAACGAACCAUUCCAGUUGUACCAUUAUCAAUGCGAACGUGCGUAGAGGGUAGUGUUAUUGGAGGAAAUAGUUGGGAGCCUAAUACAGUUUUCUUUAUUGAUCAUGAACAAAUUCAUAAAUCACCUGAUUGUUGGGAAAAUCCUGAUAAAUUUAUUCCUGAAAGAUUUUUAAAAGGGUCUGAUCAUGAAAUCGUCAAGAAUAGUUUCAUUCCUUUUGGAGGUGGUAUAAGAAUUUGCCCGGGAAGACAUAUGGCCAUGGUAGAAUUGAAAACCUUAUUGAUUUUAAUAUAUAGAAAGUAUGAUAUUGAAUUGGUUGAUAAGGUUUCGAAGAAACCGAAAGUGAUAUUUAUUGGUACCAAAACUUGCACUGAUUUGAAAGUCAUCGCACGCUCUAGAAAUUAUAAUAAUGUAUAA